AUGAAAAAUAAAGGAACUCGUGAAGUGUUAAGAGUUUUACAAAAGUUUGUAGCAGAACAUAGCCCAAGUACUUUAACAUCAGACCAAGACAGUGCAUACCUCAGCAAUGAAAUCACAGAAUUUCUCAUUAAGCAUAACAUAACUCACUACACUACCGAAGACCAUAACCAUAACAUACUCGGCAUCAUAAACCGCUUCAUAAGGACUCUCAGAGAUUUAAAUCAAGAGCGAGACUUUACCGAAGAAACAAUGAAACAUUUUCUCGAAGUAUAUAAUUCCUCAACGCAUUCUACAACAGGACAUACACCAAAUUCAAUGACACAACAACAAGAAGAAAAGUAUAUACAAAAGAAACGAAGUCAAACACAAAAUAUCAGAAAUUCAACACAAGUUACCCUCAUUCCUGGAACAAAAGUUCGUGUAGUUCUUGACGACAAACCGUUGACAAAGAAACGUUUAAGGUUAAGUCGAAAUUAUUAUAUCGUAGACUCUACGCAAGGUAAUGUAUAUCUUAUAAAAGCUGCUGACGACUCCAUUGCAUUUUAUCCUCGACAUAAAUUAGUUGAAAGUAGUAAUGGCAAACUUGCUGAAACCAUUGACGAAGCAAAGCGAGGAGUGGUUAUUGAAAUACUUGGCUAUAACAUAAACGAUGACACUUAUAAAGUAAGAUAUGAAGGAGGCGUUGAAGAUGUUAUACCAUCUAAGAACUUGAGAGAAUCUAAACCAACUCAUCUGGGACCAUUAGAGCGGGAGUACUGGAAGGAUAAAAAUAAGCCAGAAAGAAUAAGAAAAUUCUUCUAA